CUCUUUGCUUAUACAAACUAUUGCUUGAAAUGAUCCAAAGAGAAAAUCUUUGCUCAGUGUUUGGAGCUACUUGGCUUGUGGGCUUAGUAUGAGUAGCACCGUGGCUCUAGUGAACUUCUUCAGGGGUUUCCGCCCACACAGGCUUAUUUGAGGCCCUUAGUCAGUCGGCAAGCAUGUUUGGAACUGACCCCGGUGCUUUUGCAAGGGCUCAUGUUGCAGGGCAGUCACGGAUGGGCAUUUGUCGUUAUAAAUACUUGACCACUCUCCAGGGUGCGGUUCUCAGCCCUUUAAAGCGGCUUCGUUGCCUGCCACCAAGCCGACUUUUGGCUUCGAGUGUAGAAUUGAUUGCUAUAGGACAUCUUUUGCCGAGAACGAAGUAAAAUGGAACACAAUGGGUCUGCUUCAAAUGCUGGUAAAGCCCACCAGAAUCGAUUGUCAAGUGUGACUGAAGACGAAGACCAGGAUGCUGCUCUUACAAUUGUGACUGUCCUGGACAAGGUGGCCACCAUCGUGGACAGUGUACAGGCCAGCCAGAAGAGAAUAGAGGAGAGACACAGGGAGAUGGAGAACGCUAUCAAGUCUGUCCAGAUCGACCUGCUGAAGCUCUCACAGGCACACAGCAACACGGGCUACCUCGUGAACAAGCUGUUUGAGAAGACCCGCAAAGUCAGCGCUCACAUUAAAGAUGUGAAGGCCCGGGUGGAGAAGCAACGGGUUCAUGUAACCAAGGUCGAAACCAAGCAAGAAGAAAUAAUGAAGAAGAACAAAUUCCGUGUGGUAAUAUUCCAGGAGAAUGUUCGGUGCCCCUCGUCCCUGUCUGUUGUUAAAGACAGAAGCCUGCCCGAGAACCAGGAGGAGGAGGAGGAAGUCUUUGAUCCCCCGAUAGAGCUCUCGUCGGAUGAAGAAUAUUACGUUGAAGAAAGCAGAUCUGCCAGGUUUAGAAAGUCAGGCAAGGAGCACAUUGAUCAUAUCAAGAAGGCGUUUUCCAAAGAAAACAUGCAGAAGACACGGCAGAAUUUUGACAAGAAAGUGAGUGGAAUUAGAACGAGAAUAGUCACGCCUGAGAGGAGAGAGAGGCUCCGGCAGUCGGGGGAGAGGCUCCGGCAGUCGGGGGAGAGGCUCCGGCAGUCCGGAGAGAGGUUUAAGAAAUCGAUUUCAAAUGCAGCCCCCUCAAAGGAAGCUUUUAAGAUGCGCAGCCUUAGGAAACCGAAGGAUCCCAAGGCCGAGGGCCAGGAGGGAGACAGAGGGAUGGGCGUGGACAUCAUCGCAGGCAGCCUGGCUCUGGGGCCCAUCCAUGAGUUCCAUCCUGAUGAGUUCAGUGAGACAGAAAAGGAGGUGGCCAAGGUAGGGUACAUUCCCCAAGAAGGAGGGGACGCCCCGACUCCCGAGCCUUUGAAGGUGACUUUUAAGCCUCAGGUGAGAGUGGAGGACGAUGAGUCCCUCCUGUUGGAUUUAAAGCAGUCCUCGUGAGAGGAACUAAGUGUGAGCGUCAGUCUCACGUCACGUGGUCACAGUUUGAGUAGUGCAGUCAUUUUUAGUCACCAUAGAAGGCGAAUGGUACAAAAGCUUCAUUUCUUACCUUUAAAAUUCUAAAGAUUAUAGAAAUAUUGUAUACAACUUUCUUGUAAGUUCCUUGGGGAUCCUGUUUCCCCUGAGAAUAUAUGACUGACAGCUUUUUUUUUUUUUUUUCCUAGUGUCACGCUUUUUUUGUGGCAGCUCUUGGCCAAUUCGAAA